AUGACUGUCCAAGAACACAACCCAGACCCUGCUCUUGAGCCGGCGCAUCAACACCUCCAUGAGCAUCACCACCACUCUCCCCGCGCCGCCCACGACAACGCUACUUACACCACCGGCACCAACCCCGAUGGCUCAAUCGUUCCUCCCCAGCAACACCAGCACCGCAACUCGCUCGACGAAAAGCUCGCUGCGGACAACAAGAACCACGUUGCCACGCCCCCUGACUACAGCGACCACGAGAAGAACGAAGCCGGUGUGAUCGAUGCCUCUGCUGGCACAAACAGUGAGCGCAGUCGCCCCAUUGGCUGGCGCGCAAAGAUUGGCCCUAUCUACCGAUACCGAAGACCAUUGACUCAUCUCGUCAUCUUUUGCAUUACCACCGCUUGGUGGGUUGCUUCCCUCGUCUUGCACCACGACGACAAGAACUGGGUUGUUCCCUUCCUUGUCUGGCUCGCCAUUACUCUUCGUCUGUUCUUCUGGCAUGUCCCCAGUCGCUACAUCUCCAAUGCUAUCAAGUUCGUCUGGGCCAGGACCGCUGUCGUCGUCUACGACAUGAUCCCUGCCAAGUUCCGCACUCUUGUCGGUGCCAGUGUCGCUGUCGCUGCUAUUCUCGUCGGAUCUUUCGUCUCAGAAGAAUCCGAAGACAACACCCGCGAGAACCGUGCCGUCAGUCUCUGUGGCAUGGCCGUCUUCAUCUUCAUCCUCUGGGUCACUAGUCGCGACCGCAAGGCUAUCAACUGGCGCACUGUCAUCGGCGGCAUGCUGACCCAGUACAUCAUUGGUCUCUUUGUCCUGCGAACUGGUGUUGGAUACGACAUCUUCAGCUUCAUCGGCUACCGUGCUGCCGAUCUUCUUGGCUUCGCCAGAGAUGGUGUCGCUUUCCUCACCAACCCUGAUGUCGCUGCCACCACAAACUUCUUCUUCAGCGUCAUCCCCGCCAUCAUCUUCUUCAUCUCCCUCGUCCAGGUCCUGUACUUUAUCGGUUUCAUCCAGUGGUUCAUCAUCAAGUUCGCCACCUUUGUCUUCUGGGGUCUUGGAGUUUCUGGUGCCGAAGCCGUCGUCGCUGCUGCUACCCCCUUCAUCGGCCAGGGUGAAUCUGCCAUGCUUGUCCGACCUUUUGUUCCUCACAUGACAAAGGCCGAGCUUCACCAGAUCAUGACUUGUGGUUUUGCCACCAUCUCUGGAUCUACACUUGUCGGAUACAUCGGACUUGGUCUGAACCGUGAGGCUCUCGUGUCCUCGUGUAUCAUGUCCAUCCCCGCCUCUCUGGCCAUUUCCAAGAUGCGAUACCCCGAGACCGAGGAGACCCUCACAGCUGGUCGCGUUGUCAUCCCCGACGAUGACGAGCACAAGGCCGAGAAUGCUCUCCACGCUUUCGCCAACGGUGCUUGGCUAGGUAUCAAGAUUGCCGGUACCAUCAUCACCUCCCUACUCUGCAUCAUCGCCUUUGUCGCCUUCAUCAACGGUAUCCUCACAUGGAUCGGCAGCUACAUCAACCUUCGCGGCGACUACGAUCUCACUCUGCAGCUGAUUCUGGGUUACCUCUUGUUCCCCGUUUCUUUCCUGCUCGGAGUUUCUCGCACCAACGGCGACAACCCCACUGGAGAUAUUCUCCCUGUCGCGCGUCUCAUUGCCCAGAAGAUCAUCACCAACGAGUACAACGCUUUCACCGACCUCACCACCAAGGACCCCACCUCCCAAUACUACGGCAUGUCCCCUCGAUCCCAGCUCAUCGCCACCUACGCUCUCUGCGGUUUCGGCAACAUUGGUUCUCUCGGUAUCCAGAUUGGUAUUCUCAGCCAGCUCGCCCCCACUCGCGGUGGUGACGUUGCCCGUCUUGCCGUCUCUGCCCUGAUCUCCGGUGUCCUGGCCACCCUUACCUCUGCCAGUGUCGCUGGUCUCGUCGUCACCAACCAGCUGUCCGACUUUACCACCAGCCAAUAA